AUGGAGGCGUCCAUGAGCAUAAGCAAGAGCAACCACAAGUUAUUACAGAAACGCAACCUAGCCUCCAAAAACCCUAGAAAGAAAGCCAUAAUUUCAUGCAUGCCGCCGAAAAUGAACUUGUACCGACUUCUCUCUCUCUCAUCGCCAAAUGUAGGGUUCGAUGAGAUCAAGAGAGCCUACAGAUCCAUGGCUCUUCUCUACCACCCUGAUGUCUGCACAAACCCUCAAUCCACGCCUCGAUUCAUCCAGAUACGCCACGCCUACGACACCCUCUCCGACCCCAAAUCGCGCCAAAUCUACGACCUUCAACUCGACGGAUCCAGAAAGCUGUGGGAGAGGCAGCUCCAUGGCCUCAGGGAAAGGUGUGAUCAAAGAAUUAAGACAAGGAGAUUCAUGUGAAUUUAUCAAUUAUGGCACCUCUCCAAUCUUUGCUGCUCUAUAUAUCGUGUUUCACUUUCAUUUAUUAAUUAUCAUGGCAACUUUAUUUAUUUAUUAAUUGCUAGUAUAGCAAGAUUUUUAGCUAUAUGUAUGUUGAGUUCAAUGCUUAUUUACUUUAUGGAUUGGUAUAAAAUUAUUAAUCCUAAAUGUUGACAAGCAUGAGUUCAAAAAUCUUUAUUUCACUUUAUUA